AGUGCCAAAAGUCUCACCGGAUAUUGUUGGAGUGAGGCUUCUUGCUGUAAAACUAUCUUCUGCAAGCUGUAAACAAGAACGCAAGUUAGUUGGGAACGUCGUUUUAUUUAGGCUGUUGUAGCUGGUUAUUGAGGGUAACACGUCUCAUUGUGCAAGGGAAAUGGAAGACGAUACACUAACGACGCUGAAAAUAUUGAUAAUAGGAGAAAGUGGUGUUGGGAAGUCCAGCCUGCUCUUGAGAUUCACAGAUGACACAUUUGACCCAGAGCAGGCAGCAACAAUAGGUGUGGACUUCAAAGUGAAGACCAUAACUGUGGACGGUAACAAGGCAAAGCUGGCGAUAUGGGACACUGCAGGACAGGAGCGCUUCCGGACCCUGACGCCUAGCUACUACCGUGGCGCCCAGGGAGUCAUCCUGGUGUAUGAUGUCACGCGACGGGAAACCUUUGCCAAGCUUGACAUAUGGCUCAAUGAGCUGGAGACGUACUGUACAAGGAACGACCUCGUGAAAAUGCUAGUGGGAAACAAGAUCGAUAGGGAAAACCACGAGCUAGACAGGGCCGAAGGGCUGAAGUUUGCACGAAAACAUUCCAUGCUUUUUAUAGAGGCGAGUGCGAAGACCAGAGACGGUGUUCAGUGUGCAUUUGAGGAGCUGGUGGAGAAGAUAAUCCAGACGCCCGGUUUGUGGCAGAGUGAGAGCCACGGCCGAGGAGUCCAGCUCAGCGACGAAGACGCCGGUGGUGGAAGCUGCGGCGGCUACUGCUCCCUGGUCUAGGCAACGCACACUCACAUAAGCAUGUGUUCAAACAUACACGUGAAUACCACACACAGUGCCACACAAGCAUACACACAAACACACUUGAAAGAACAAAGAACCAGACUUGCGCUGCCCUGAGCUGAGCUUCCUCAUCAGACAUGAUCAGCUGUAAGGGUUGACCGGCCGUCCACACAGACAUUUUUUUGCACACUUUCUAAUACCAACGCUGUGCUCAAAUGCAAAUGCAACUCAGCCUUCCUCUUAAUGGAAUUUGAGUGAGUUUUUCUCUCUGUUUUGUUAUGAGUUACAGUUUUUUUUGCAGUUCCGGGUCCUUGGUCCAAAUAUGAACCAGUCUCACUUCGUACAUGUGAUUUAAAUUUAGCAGUGCAGUGAAAUGAGUGCAAAAGUACAAACCAAAGGUCGGGGGAAUAUGGCUAAUCGUCUGCAAUAUGAGAAUGAGACAUGGAAAACUGUUUUGACCAAUGGUUCUCUUUUGUUGCCAGCAUGCUUAUUGUCCUCAGAGCACCUUGCCUCAGUACGCACAUCUGUAUCAAUGCAGGGCCCACUUUUCUCCAGUGUGUCUCUUUCCUCUGCUCUGUCCUGUGCUUGGUCCUGAUCCUGACCCCGGACUCUGUGGACUUUCUGCUGCUUAUGGAGAAGCUUAUCAAGCCAUGUCAUCUUGUAUUCUAUCUCACCGCUCCCAGUCAAAGGCUUGGAUCAUGUGUCUCUGUUUACCACACAACUGCCUCUUUUCUUCAAAAUAUAAUAGAGUUACCAACUGUCUGGAAUGACGUUUUACUACUUUUAUUGACUUGGACUUCAAACUUGGUGUGUUUUGAAGAGUGCGUAAAUCAAAGAGAUUGGCACCAGCAGGCUUUCCACUGGGUGCCGAAGAAGAGGGAGCCUCUUAAAAUUGCACGCCUUUGUUGUAACGAGUUGCUUUAAUGGAGUGCGACCCACUGGCACUCCCUCACUCAGACAGAUAAUAUCAGUAAUAACACUAGCACUACCAUGGGUUUUCAUAUAGAUCCCUUUGAUUGGACAGACACAAAGGAAAAGUGUUCGAUAUUGGACAGGGCAGUGAGUCAGAAGGGUGUUUCCACUGAGUUUGGAAAAUCAAAGUAAAGCUGUGCACUCCACAAUGCUGAUGGAUUUCCCAGUAGUCCCAUCUCUGUAUGUGUAUCCGAGAAGCAGUUAAAACGUACUGUACCCCUGACCUCUGACCAUGUUCCUAGUUUUCAAGAGCUAGUGUGUGUGUUCUAAAAAGAAUUCUGGGAAAUGUAGUUCUGAGUUUGUUCUUGUAAAAGUGAUGGUGAAAACGACAUGGAAUCAAGCAUGUGUUAUCACAGAUGGAAUAUUUCUUUUUUUAAAUCUCUUUUUAAUUGCAUGGGAAACUCUGCGUGCCAUUUAUUUGUUUGUUUGUCCAGUGAAUGGCCUUCAGAGGCUAUUUACUAUAACACUAAUUCAUAUUUAGCAUACCAUUUGAAUUGAAUGGUAUAGUUAAACAAAAAGGAAGUAGGCGUUGAGUUAUUUAACUGGUAUAGCUGUCUUUUUCUGUCUUCAGAAAUAUGUUGAAACCUGUAUAACUUGUAUAUUGUUUAUUUUAGGAAUUUGGUGGGAGAAUUCCUUAAAGAGUUGUAAAGCUGAAUGUAUACAUAUUUCACAACCCGCCCUAUGUAUUGAACUAAAUAAAAAUCUUUUUUUAAGUGAA